ACCCGGAAGUAAACAGUCUGCAACGGAAAUUGUUAUGUUUGGCUUAUUCCCCCCAACAACAACUCUAUACAUGAUGUCAUUAACGCGAUGAAUUAACGUUUAACGACUGUUUAGGAUAGCGGGGAGCUCGGAACUGGCGCGUGGCGUGUCCGGUAAAAAAUGAUUUACCAAAUUCCCUGGAUCUACACAUCUGUGCGGAGUGUUCUGACGAUCCGGAACCAGCUGUCUAAAACCGAGAUCCCAGAGCUGACCAAGGCCUCUGUGAUGAUGAGAGAACGCAGCAGAGUGGAGGAAACCAUCUCUCACAUGCAGAGAGCAGGAGCGUGCAGCCUGCAGGUCAUCUCAGACUUUGACAUGACACUUACCAGAUUUGCUCAUGAUGGGAAAAGAGUUCCCACCACCCACAACAUCCUGAAUAACAGGUUGUUGAUGAAUGAAGACGGCACAAUAAAGAUGAAGGAGCUGUUUAACAAAUAUUAUCCCAUUGAAAUUGAUGCUCAUCUCAGUACAGAGGAGAAGCUGCCUCUCAUGGUGGAGUGGUGGACUAAAGUCCACGAGCUGCUGAUUCAGCAAAGGAUCAGGAAGGACAUGCUGGCCCACGCUGUGAAGGAGUCCCGCUCCAUGCUCAGGGACGGCUACAGGGGCUUUUUCGACCAUCUGGCUGAGCACCAGGUCCCUCUGUUGAUCUUCUCAGGUGGUGUCGGCGACAUUCUGGAGGAGGUGAUCAGACAGAACCACGUCUUCCAUCCCAACAUCCAUAUCAUCUCUAACUACAUGGACUUUGACCACACUGGGCUCCUGCAAGCCUUCAAAGGCCAGCUGAUCCACACCUACAACAAGCGGGAAGGUGCUCUGUCACACGCCGCUGGCCUCGGAGAGCUGCAGGAUCGAAACAACGUGCUGCUGCUGGGAGACACUCUGGGAGACCUACGCAUGUCUGAUGGCGUCUCUGAUCCCCGGAACAUCCUGACCGUUGGGUUCCUUAAUGACCAGGUGGAGGAGAGGAGGGAGUCCUACUUGAACUCGUUUGACAUCGUGCUAGUAAAAGACGAGACGAUGGACGUUCCUAACGCCAUCCUCAGACACAUCAUCUCAUCAGGAACUAGUAAGACGCACAGAAAGAAAGUGGACACUUGAGGACAAUUGUUACAAAUAUGAGACACCAGAAAAAUCACACGCCACUUUCACUUUUGAUCUUUAAACCAAAGCAUCAGCAGAACUUACUGCAGAUGGACAACUCUUCUCCUGAAGGGCAGCAGCUUAACACAGUUCAGUGAAGGGCAUUGUCUUUUAGACAAGCAAGCCUGUUUUGAUUUAAAAUCAACAUUUCAUGUGAACUUCAUAAAAAUCUGCUGCUUUUAGACCUAAUCUAAUGUGUAGCACUUUGUGAAUGUCUGUGCUGCUAAAUUAUUAACGUGCUGUUUUUGUAAAUUGUGUUUAAACUGUACAUACCUGAUGUUCCGUAAACAUACUCUAUACGAGUCUCCAGGUUCCUGGUGAUCCGUCUUCAAGCUCAAGUGUGUGAUACACACACACAUACAAAGCUGAAGCACAUUAGUGUUUCUUACAGCUAAGCUCCUCACUGAUGAAGUUGCCAUGUAGAUUCAGAUGUUUGUGGUUUUGUGUAAAAUCCCCCCUCGACCUCAGAGGUGGAUUGUAGACAGGCAGGUAAAGGUGCAGGUGACCAUUUGGAACAACUGUUUAUUUUCUUACAAACACUCAAAUUUAUUACAGCUUUCAGGGACACAUAAAGGUGCUUGUCUCACACACUUGUUUCAGUAACACAAACUUUUUUUGUUUUUUUUACCGUCUUCUGGUAAUUUCACAAAACUGUCCAAUAAUAAACUGAUGAUGAUGGAUAGAAA